CUGACCUGCUGUCGCUUUGCCCGUUUUCCUAUUCCAUUAUUUAAUUACAAAAUGGACAAUUUGAAGAAAGAAAGAAAGAAAGAGAUUAGGAAGUAGGAAGCAACCAAAGAGAAAAAUAAAGGAGACUCAUGACGGUUGCUGAAUCAAUGCUCACCAGUCACCACCGACGAGUCUGCUAUCAUUCUGGAUAGAAUACAGCCACAGGAAGUAGCAUGAAUCUAGAUUUAACAUCAACAUAGUAAAACCAGGAUUCCUCGGACCCACACGUGAUAAAUAGCUGGAAAUCGAUGUUAAUUGAUUAUAUGUAGCAUUCACCACAUCUACUCUCUCACUUUUUUAGUGCCACUUACACUAAUCACUCACUCACUCACUCCCACUCUCACUUAUUACUUCACUUAGCAAGCAAGUCAACCCCAAAUCUAAAUCUAAUUCUAAAUCUUAAACCCACCUCUAAUGAAUCUUCGCAAUUAAGCAAGACAAGAAGAAGAAGAAGAAGCAGCAGCAGCAGCAACAAGAGAGGAAGGGAAGAAAUGGCUUUGGCGUUCACCACAAUGACACUGAACCUUGUUCUUCUGAUGGCAAUGGUGGCCACCAACAUCCUCUCACUCUAUCACCUCUCUUCAACUCUCCAAUCCCCAAAAUCCCCCAAACCACCCACUCCCGUCCCCGACCAGCUCCUCCACCAGCUCCACACAAUACGCGCCACCAUCAACCACCUCACGCGCCUCCAACACUCCACUGACACAACCACCACCUCCUCCACCAUCCCACCAGAUCUACUCCUAUACUCCCACCUCAAACCCCUCCACAAGUACAUGUCCUACACUCCCUUCUCCCUUUGCCCCUCCGACUCCGACCUCGCCGAAUCUCUUAUCCUCCGUGGCUGCCACCCCCUCCCCCGCCGCCGCUGCUUCUCCCGAACCGCGCCGCACAAACCCUCAUCCCCUCUCCCUCAAGACCCUUUCCCUUCUUCACUCCCCGAUUCCUCUGUAAUUUGGGACCAUUACCCUUGCAAAUCCUUCGAUUGCUUCCACCGCCAAAACCCUAACCUAGGCUUCAACCCUUCCUCCGAUUCGUCCAAGUUCACAACCUACAAGACCGACCUCGAUCUCCCGAUCUCGCAGCUCUUCCAGAUCGCCAAGUCCGCAAAGUCAGUCAUCCGGCUGGGCCUCGACGUCGGUGGCGGCACUGGGUCAUUCGCCGCCACGAUGAAGCUCCGCAACGUGACAGUUGUGACGACGACGAUGAGCGUGGGUGCGCCAUACAGCGAGGCGGUGGCGCUGAGGGGGCUUGUGCCACUUCACGUGCCGCUGCAGCAGCGGCUGCCGGUGUUCGACGGAGUGGUGGACCUUGUGCGGUGCGGGCGUGCCGUGAACCGGUGGAUUCCGGUGACGAUGAUGGAGUUCUUGCUGUUUGAUGUGGAUAGGGUUUUGAGAGGUGGAGGGUACUUGUGGAUUGACAGAUUCUUCAGCAAAGGGGUGGACCUUGAAAAGCUGUAUGCGCCAUUGAUUGGGAAAUUAGGUUACAAGAAGGUGAAGUGGGCCACUGGGAAUAAGACUGAUGCUAGUGGCAUCAAGAAUUCUGAGGUUUUUCUCACUGCGUUGUUGCAGAAGCCUACUUCAAGAUGAUCAACUUGAAGCUUGCUUCUUUACUUCUUCCCUUACACAACCUGUUUGAUAUAUGCUGUAAGAAGAUUAAGAUAUGCAGGUCAGAAGGUAAAUUAUUCAGGUUUCUUUGCUCCGAAAACGUUGAUGGGGUAACUCAACUUCAUGCCCACUGUGAUGAUGAAUCAUCCAAAUGUUGUAAAAUGAUCAACAUUGGUAGGUAAAAGAAGACACAUGCAAGGCAAGUCAAGGAAAGGUGUAUAGGAACUCUUAGAGGAAAAAUAGCCUUUGUGAUCAUCUCCUUUUCUUUUCUUUUCUUUUGUAAUUCCUUUAUUUAUCUUUUUUUUUUCCCUCUUAUUUGAUUGAAUUGUGCAAUCCCAAUUAAUUGUUUGGAAAAUAAAUAUUUAAAAACGUAAUUUCUUUGGUUUCAAA